GGCUUCCUCAUCUGUUACGUGGGAACAACAGUCAUCAUCAUCAUCAUUUAUUGAGAACUUGGUAAAAUGCCAGGUGAGGAGAGGCACGGAGGUGGAGGUGAUCAGACUGGAGUCACACGGCUAGUACACCCCUAGCUUCUUCACAGGUAUGUGGGAGGUACCUUAGUGGAACAAUGCGUGCCAAGUGCUUCUCAAGGUCCCUAACACGUACUUAGUGCUUAUGUAAUGUUAAACAUUGCCGUUUUUGUUGUUUUCAUCACUACUAUGAUUAGCUUGUUCAUUUAAGUGGCAUGUUGACUAACUUACUGUUAAAUCACAGGAUUCUAUUCAUUUUUCUUCAUCUCCAUGAUAAUAGUGUUUUUAAGGCCCUACUGUUAACAAAGUCAAAUUGUCAAGGUCUGGGGCUACCCUGGUGGCACAGUGGUUGAGAGUCCACCUGCCAAUUCAGGAGACACGGGUUCGUGCCCCGGUCCAGGAAGAUCCCAUCCGCGGCUGGGCCCGUGAGCCAUGGCCGCUGAGCCUGCGCGUACGGAGCCUGUGCUCCGCAACGGGAGAGGCCACAACAGUGAGAGACCCGCGUACCGCAAAAAAAAAAAAAAAAUUGUCAAGGUCUUACAUCUUUGAAAAAGCUGUCAUCCACAAUAUCAGUUUCAUAGAGAAAGUAGAAUAGUGGUUACUCGGGACCGAGAGGAAGGGGAAUGGAGAGUUAGUGUUUAAUAGGUACAGAGUUUCAGUUUGGGAUGGUGAAAAAGAUGUGGAGAUGGUUAGUGGUGAUGAUUCACAACAAUAUGAACGCACCUAACGAACUCUACACCUAAAAAAUGGUUGAAAUGGAAAAUUUUAUGUGAUGUGUAUUUUACACAGAAAAAAAAAAUCAAUGUAAUCUUAAAUAUUACUGCAAAGGCAUCAAAUUAAAUAUGAAAAACCAAGAGAGAAUAACAGAUAUUGCAGAGGUUAAAUGUGAUUUUCAUACAACAAAGCAACAGCCUUUUAAGGCUCCAUUAAAGCUAUUGGUGAGGACAGGUUUUAUGUUACUGAAUAUUACCUGCUUUCUGCUGCUACUGAGAAAUAAGGUGCCCUGAAAGUGUUCUUUGAACUUUCUGCCUACUUAUUUAAUUCUUACAACAAUCCUAUGAGAUAGCCGUUGAUAAUCCCUCUAUUUUUACAGAUGGAAGAGUUGAAGCACAGAGAUACUAAUAAUUUGUCUAAGAUUUCACAGCUAAUAUGUCACAGUUUCAUGAACCUAGACAUUUGGCCCCAGAAAUUACUCUCUUAACCUGGGUGCUUUACUCUCAAUUUCCGCCCUCCCCAGAAUCAGAAUCAUACCCUGAGAGCUACAGGAACUUGUAUGAGGGCCUGUGUGUGGUUGGGUGGCUCGUUCACUGCCCAGGGGCUCUUGGCUGAAGGGGUGAGUAGCAUCUGGAGUCCAGCCCAGGCUUUGCUCAUCAGGCCACCCUGAGGAAGCGGCACUGUUGCUGCUUCACAGUAAGCAGCCAUAUGGGUCAGUGACACCCUUGGCCAGACUCUGACGGCUUUUUUCUCCUUCCCCCAUUGUGCCUGCCCAAGACUCAGCGCUUCCCCAGAAGGAGGAGGACAAAAUGACCAAGCUCAAGGAGGCGGUGACCUUCAAGGACGUGGCUGUGGUCUUCACGGAGGAGGAGCUGGGGCUGCUGGACUCUGCCCAGAAGAAGCUGUACCAGGAAGUGAUGCUGGAGAACUUCCAGAACCUGGUCUCAGUGGGUGAGGAAGGGCACUCUGGGACUGAACAUCGCAUCAGCCCCUGUGGGCAUCAAUCAUUCACACCAGAUGUAAUAUCCCAGUUAAAGAGAGAAGAAAAGCUUUGGAUGAUAAAGAUAGCAACCCAGAGCCGUCACUCCUUGGGAGACAAGAAUCUAAAUGGCAUGGAGACUCUUCGGGAAGUUGGAUUAAGGUAUCUGCCACAUGAAGAGCUUUUCUGCUCACAAAUAUGGCAACAGGUUACAAAGGAAUUAACCAGGUGUCAAGAUUCCAUGGGAAAUAUUCAAGGAACUGGCUCUCAGAUGGAAAAACAAGGUGGCACACUCAGUAAAGAUGAGGAGUUUGGUAAAGACUUCAAUCAGACUUCACAUCUUCAAGUUCACCACAGAGACCACGCUGCAGAAAAACCCUACAAAGGGGUGGAGUGUGAGAAAGGUUUCAUACGGGACUCUCACCUUCAAAUGAACCAGACAGCCCACGUAGGAGAGAAGCCCUACAAGUGUGAAAAAUGUGAAAACGCCUUCCGUCGGCUUUCAAGUCUUCAAGCCCAUCAGAGAGUCCACAGUAGAACAAGAUUGAACAAAUAUGAUAUGUCGUGUAAGAGUUUCAGUCAGAGGUCAUAUCUUCGUCAUCAUCAGAGGGUCCUCACUGGAGAGGAUCCACACAGAUUUGAGGAGUGUGGGAGGAACGUCGGGAAAAGCUCACAUUGUCAAGCUCCUCCCAUAGCCCACACAUUGGAGAAACCCUAUAAAUGUGAGGAGUGUGGACUGGGCUUCAGUCAGCGCUCCUAUCUUCACAUCCAUCAGAGAGCCCACACAGGAAAGAAACCUUAUAAAUGUGAAGAGUGUGGGAAGGGCUUCAGUUGGCGUUCACGCCUACAGGCUCAUCAGCGAAUCCACACUGGGGAGAAACCCUACAAAUGUGAGGCAUGUGGCAAGGGCUUUAGUUACAGCUCACACCUGAACAUCCACUGUAGGAUCCACACAGGCGAGAAACCCUUUAAGUGUGAGGAGUGUGGGAAAGGCUUCAGUGUGGGUUCCCACCUCCAAGCCCAUCAGAUAAGCCACACGGGAGAGAAACCAUACAAAUGUGAGGAAUGUGGCAAGGGCUUCUGUCGGGCCUCAAACCUUCUGGACCAUCAGAGAGGCCAUAGUGGUGAGAAACCAUAUCAGUGCGAUGCAUGUGGAAAGGGCUUUAGUCGUAGCUCAGAUUUUAACAUUCAUUUUAGAGUCCAUACAGGAGAAAAACCCUAUAAGUGCGAGGAGUGUGGGAAAGGUUUCAGUCAGGCCUCAAAUCUUCUGGCCCAUCAAAGAGGCCACACUGGAGAAAAACCAUACAAAUGUGGUACAUGUGGGAAGGGCUUCAGCCGGAGUUCAGAUCUUAACGUUCAUUGUCGAAUCCACACGGGAGAGAAACCCUAUAAAUGUGAGAAGUGCGGGAAGGCCUUCAGUCAGUUCUCAAGCCUUCAAGUGCAUCAAAGAGUCCAUACCGGAGAGAAACCAUACCAGUGUGCAGAGUGUGGGAAAGGCUUCAGUGUGGGCUCACAGCUUCAGGCCCAUCAGAGGUGUCACACUGGAGAGAAACCCUACCAGUGUGAGGAGUGUGGGAAGGGCUUCUGUCGGGCCUCAAAUUUUCUGGCUCACCGUGGAGUCCACACAGGAGAGAAGCCAUACCGAUGCGAUGUGUGCAGUAAGCGCUUCAGACAGAGAUCAUACCUUCAAGCCCACCAGAGGGUCCACACUGGAGAGAAACCAUAUAAGUGUGAGGAAUGUGGUAAGGUCUUCAGUUGGAGCUCAUACCUUCAAGCCCAUCAGAGAGUCCACACAGGGGAAAAACCAUACAAAUGUGAGGAGUGUGGGAAAGGCUUCAGUUGGAGCUCAAGUCUUAUAAUUCAUCAGCGAGUCCAUGCUGGGGAUGAGGGUGACAAGGACUGUCCCUCAUCAGAGAAUACGUACAGCAAAGAACGAAUUCUGGGAAGUGUAGUCCAGAAAGCCCGGUGGACUCGUAGGCACUUCCGUUCCCGGAGUGGGCGGGUUGCCGGUGUAUUUUCUGUGGGCCCGUGCGUCUGUUCCGCGUCUCGCUGGCCCUUGCGAGCUUCCUGUGUCUCCACUUGGGACGCGCAACCACCUGGCAAUCGAUUUAGGGGAAAAGAAUCCUCGGCGGAGAAUGCAGACACUCUGCCAGGUGCAGUUCUGACCUCCCAGGAUCUGUGUAACUCAGGACUGUGCCCAUCCCCAGACACAGGAGGAAACAUGACCAUGUUCAAGGAGGCGGUGACCUUCAAGGAUGUGGCUGUGACCUUCACGGAGGAAGAGCUGGGGCUGCUGGACUCCACCCAGAGGAAGCUGUACCAGGAAGUGAUGCUGGAGAACUUCCGGAACCUGGUCUCAGUAGAAGGAAAGAUCCAAAGUGAGAUGGAGACUGUUUCAGAAGCAGGACCACAUGAAGAGCUUUCCUCCUGGCAGAUCUGGCAACACAUUGCAAGUGACUUCACCAGGUGUCAAGACUCCAUGAUAAAAAGUUCUGAAUUCCACCAACAUGGUGACUCAUCUGGCCAGGUUGGGGCAGGAUUCUCUGAAACUCACACAGGCCAGAAACCUUAUCAGUGUAAUGAAUGUACAAGAUCUUUCAGUGAUGUCUCCAACUUUGAUCUUCAUCAACAAAUACACCCAGGAGAGAAGUCUCAUACAUGUGGUGAGUGUGGAAAAAGCUUCUGUUACAGCUCAGCACUUCGCAUUCAUCAGAGAGUUCACUCGGGAGAGAAGCGCUAUAAGUGUGAUGAGUGUGGCAAGGAGUUCAGUCAGAGCUCACAGCUGCAAGCUCAUCAGAAAGUCCACACUGUAGAGAAGCCAUUCAGAUGUGAGCAGUGUGGGAAAGGCUUCAGUCGUAGGUCAACACUUACUGUUCAUUGUAAAUUACAUAUGGGAGAGAAGCCUUAUAAUUGUGACCAAUGUGGAAGGGCCUUCAUUCAUGCUUCACAUCUUCAGGAACAUCAGAGAAUCCACACUGGGGAGAAACCGUUCAAAUGUGAUAUAUGUGGUAAGAACUUCCGCCGUAGAUCAGCCCUUAACAGUCAUUGUAUGGUCCACACUGGAGAGAAGCCAUACAAAUGUGAUGAGUGUGGGAAGUGUUUCACUUGUAGCUCAAAUCUUCAUAUCCAUCAGAGGGUCCACACAGGAGAGAAACCUUAUAAAUGUGAGGAGUGCGGUAAGUGCUUCAUUCAGCCUUCACAAUUUCAGGCCCAUCGGAGAAUCCACACGGGAGAGAAACCGUAUGUCUGUAAAGUGUGUGGUAAGGGCUUCAUUUACAGUUCAAGUUUUCAAGCCCAUCAGGGAGUCCACACAGGAGAGAAACCAUACAGAUGCAGUGAGUGUGGGAAGCACUUCAGGAUGAAAAUCCAUUAUCAAGUUCAUCUGGUCAUCCACACAGGAGAGAAACCCUAUAAAUGUGAGGUAUGUGGGAAAGGCUUCCGUCAGAGUUCAUAUCUUAAAAUCCAUCAGAAGGCCCACAGCAUAGAGAAACCUUACAAGUGUGAGGAGUGUGGGCAGGGCUUCAAUCAGAGUUCACGACUUCAGAUCCACCAGCUGAUCCAUACUGGUGAGAAACCAUACAAAUGUGAAGAGUGUGGGAAGGGAUUUAGUCGUAGAGCAGAUCUUAAAAUUCACUGCAGAAUCCACACCGGAGAGAAACCAUAUAAUUGUGAGGAAUGUGGGAAGGUUUUUAGUCAGGCAUCUCAUCUUCUGACCCAUCAGAGAGUCCACAGUGGAGAAAAACCAUUCAAAUGUGAAGAGUGUGGGAAGAGCUUCAGUCGGAGUUCACACCUUCAAGCCCAUCAAAAAGUCCACACUGGAGAAAAGCCAUACAAAUGUGAGGAGUGUGGGAAGGGCUUCAAGUGGAGCCUGAACCUCGACAUGCAUCAGAGGGUCCACACAGGAGAGAAACCAUAUAAGUGUGGGGAGUGUGGGAAGCACUUCAGUCAGGCCUCAAGUCUUCAGCUUCAUCAGAGUGUCCACACUGGAGAGAAGCCGUACAGGUGUGAUGUGUGUGGUAAAGUCUUUAGUCGGUCUUCACAGCUUCAGUAUCACAGGCGAGUUCAUACAGGGGAGAAACCUUACCAGUGUGAGACGUGUGGUAAAAGCUUCAGUUGGCGCUCCAAUCUUGUAAGUCAUCACAAAAUGCAUACUGGGGAUACAUUUUAUGAAAGCAGCGAGAGUGGUAAGAACAUCAAGGAACUGUCAGAGGAAAGAAGUUCUACAAAAUGAUGUUUUCAAAAAAGUGCAACG